GCUCUGAAAGCGGCUCUAUACUAAUAACGAUAGCUUAAAGUUGUUGGUAAAUGUUAAUUCGUUUUGUCAGUAGAUUGUGACUGAUGUUUUGAUGUUAAUUAUAAGAAGUGACUAGAUUUUUUAGAUAAGAUAAAGAUGGCAAUGUUUGGCUUAUUGGCUUCCGGGAGGUUGGUUCAAACCAAUUUCGAGAUGGUUGGUGAGAAACAGUUCCUCAUAACUAUUCCUGAUGCACAUGAUCUUAAUCAUGUUGUUGUGUUUCUUACUGGUGCAGUUGCGUUUCCUGAUGGAUAUGCCGGUUUAGUUUACUUUUCUUGGCCAGAUCCUGCUGCUCCUCCUAAUUGGCAGCUUUUAGGCAUAAUUUCUAAUGAAAAACCAUCAUCGAUAUAUAAAAUUUCAUCCCUUAAGAAAAAUCAAGAACAGCGAACACUUGAACAAUCUGGUUUUCUUCAAUUUGGACAGACAAAAAUAUCCCAUGUGGCUCAGAUUGGGAUCUCAAUAGAGACUAUUGAUGUUGUACAACAUCAACAUCAACUAUUAGAAGCUGAAAAUGCAAAGAACCAAACUCAGUUUGUGGAAUUUGCACAAAAAAUGAUACAGAGUUUUCUUAACUAUAGCCUAAGUUUUACCAUUUCCCCGACUCCAAAUGAAUCUUACAUUCCUGUAAAAGCUGUUGAAGAUUGGUAUAAGAACUUUGAAAGAAAAUUAUCACUUAAUCCAUACUUUUGGAAACAAUUAUGAUAUUCUCUUCAAGGCUUCUUCAAUGCCAUUUGCAUUGGUAUUUUUUUAUAUUUUGUUUUUCAAUAGACUGAGUGAAUUUUGAAAGAGUACACUGCUUGUUAAAAUUUUAUGGAGGCAUGUAAAUAAUAAGUUACUAAAUGUAUUAAAACUGUUUAGUUUCUUAACUGUAUAUAGUAUUUUAUUCAGGUAAGAAAACGUGUCAGGAUGUUAAUUAUCAAGCUGUGUUUUGUAAUUUGUUAGACUUUUUCAAAGUACUAUGUGCAUAUAGCAUUGAUUAUAUUUAUUAUUUAAUAACUACUGUAUUUUUAUCAUUCUUGCCAAAUGCAUUUAUAACAAUGUAGAUUACUUAUUUUCCAGAUUAUUUUGUUUAUGUUAUGUCUAAUAAAAUAAAAAAAAUUCUGUUACGUUAUUCUUCAUUCUGGAUGGUAAUAUUUGUUUUAAAGGUACAUUUUAUUUGAUGUGAACAUCAAAAUUAUCAUUCAACAAUAAUUGUAAAGUACUAUUUCUUUAAAUUUUAUAGAAGCUGUUUUUUUCUCAAAGCCUACCGAUAGAGUACUCGGAGGAAGCUCGUCCAGCUCCCAUGAAAUCCAGAUGAACAGAGAUUUAUAAUUAUCUUUGAAUGAUUAUGGAGAAGGUUGCAUUGAGCAAAAUGUACUUAGAGAUUUUUAUUGAAAAUCAAAAUUAAUAUAAUGCCAAUGCUGCCUACUGUAACUUAUAAUUUCUUUUUCAAAGUUAUAUUUUUGCUUUUUAUUUUAAUUUGGAUAUUAUGUUAGUGACAUGUUCAUUGUUAUGUUGCCCAAAACUAUUAAAAGAAGACUCUGAAGCAUAUUUGUUUUUGAUUUUUUAAGAUAGCGAUUAUUGAGCUUAAUGAAAACUGUCAGGUACUUACUUCUGUCUUAUCUUUUAUUUGAUGUAUUUUGUAGCUUGGGUGAUAAAUUUCAGUAUUUUAUUAAAUGUUAUUUUCCACUUCAAAAAUUAAAUGUAAAAUUUAUAAAUUCUUCCAACCAAGUAU